AUGUCACGAGCAGCCGAAUAUGCACAGUUUCCCUAUACUCCCCCGAAAACCCAUCUCACAUCUGCUCAACAGUCUAUGCACCACCAGUUUACUCAACAACAACCAAAUCAGUUCACGAGUUCUCAGGACGGUUUGCUCACUCAACAACCACCUUCUGUAACAACGAAUCCACAAUACACGACCUCGCAUGCCUCAAUUGUCACGCCUAGUUUAGGUACUCAGCAAACACGACGUUACAAGACUCAACAACAUACCUCCAUAUCACCACCUACUCCAAAUACCCCUAAUCGACAGUAUUCUCAGAAUUCUCUCGUUCAAGCAACAUUGGAGCAUCCUCCCUCCCCUUUAAGCUCAAAUCAAUGUUUACCCACUACUAAUAAUGUUACCAUUCCCUCAACUUUACCCGCGUCUUUACCUACCCCUCCAACCACCCUCCCUCCAGGUUUAUCAAGUCCAAAUUCAGGGAAUACCCCGGCUUCCAAUUUUGAUUUGCAAGAUGUUCUCGCGCAAUUCGGUAAUCAACCUGAACUACUUAAACUCAUCCUUAAAUCAAAGGUAGAGGAGGACAAGCGUAAAGCUGAGGAAGCAAAAUUGCGCGUCAGAGAACUUGAUUUAUUGUUAUUGGAUCGUGAUAGGCAGAAAAAAUGUUUAGAACACGCUCGUGAUGUUGAUGAAUCAAAGAACGAUGAGAUUCAUUCUAAUCAAGAUAUGGAUUUCGAUCAUGACAACUCGAUCGGACCGUUCUCCACAUCUGACGGAUCAUUAAGUUACGCGUCUUUUGGUGCUAGUUUGUCUUCUCCCGUGCAAAAUCUCCCCCUCAAUUCCCCGAGUACUCCUGUAUCUCAAUCAACGCCUCGACUUAAACCAGCACCGCGAAUCAAUUCGACACCUAAAGAAAACGAAGAAAGCAACGUCAAUAAUGUAACGAACAAACGUAAACGCAAACGUCGCGAAAUGCUUCCUGUGACGAUGAUCAUCGAAACCAAAGAAUGUCCUUUCAAGGAUGAAUAUUUAUGGAAGAACAAUGGAAACACCACCCAAAGAAAAACUGGAAACAAGAGCGUUUAUUUUAAAUGCUCAAAUAGCAACAAGGGAUGUCCAGUUAAUAAGACGGUCACUGAAAAGGAAGGUGGAUGGAUCAUUAAAUAUCGUGGUCAUCAUUUGGAUGUAUGCGGUAAGAUUAAACGCAUCGUGCAAUCUUAA